AGUACUUAGACGAAAAUAUCAAUGACUCAAUCGAAUUUAUCUUAAUGACAUAUAUGACUUAAUUCUCGGCGGGAAGUGUCUCAACGUCAUGUCUUGCCUCGGCGGCCACAACGAGCAGAUCUACCUAGUCGAGAUACUGAUUGAUAAAUUGACGUUGACGCCUGUUAAAAUCAAAGACAUCGGCGAACAUCCUAUCGUGAUUAAGAUCGUAUUCUUAGAUCUCCCCCUAUUCGAGUUCACGCGCGACUAUGAUGCGUCGAAGCGCGGUCAGGAGGACAUGCGUUUCCUGAUUGGCAAAUGCUGUCUAUUCAUUAAGCGACCGCGGGAUCUUGUUCACGAACUUCGCUCGACAAAAGUAAGAAUAGGCGUGUUUCGCGGGGGUGACACUUAUCCUACAGCGGAGACCGAUUUAACUAUGUCGGGCUGUCUCUGUGAUCAGAUCGCCAUGAUUGAUAACGAACCCGGCAAUCAACCAAAGCCAUUUAUAAUGAAGGGCGAUUUUCACCUUCUCGAUCCGGGUGAGCAACCGUCUGGUACGUUAAAUAUGGAGCUCAUCAUCGUAUGUCUCGGACGUAUUUCUAGGACGAAUUACGAAUUACUUCCAAAAUCUUUCAUUUCCGGCGAACAAGACAAGGAACGGGAAAUCUAUGUGAAACGAUUCGUACCGCCCGAGUUUCUCGAAAUUCCUGAGAAGGUAGAGAUUAAACUCGAGAAACCACCGAAAAUAGAGAAAAAGAAAAAAGGAAAAAAAGUUAAAAAGAAAAAAGGUAAAAAAUGAUCUCUACAAG